CACUCAACACUCAACACUCAGCACUCAACACUCAGCACUCAACACUCAACACUCAGCACUCAACAAUCAACACUCAGCACUCAACACUCAGCACUCAACACUCAGCACUCAACACUCAGCACUCAACACUCAACACUCAGCACUCAACACUCAACACUCAGCACUCAACACUCAGCACUCAACACUCAACACUCAGCACUCAACACUCAACACUCAGCACUCAGCACUCAACACUCAACACUCAGCACUCAGCACUCAACACUCAGCACUCAACACUCAACACUCAGCACUCAGCACUCAACACUCAGCACUCAGCACUCAACACUCAGCACUCAGCACUCAACACUCAGCACUCAGCACUUAACACUCAACACUCAGCACUCAGCACUCAACACUCAACACUCAACACUCAACACUCAACACUCAUCACUCAGCACUCAGCACUCAACACUCAACACUCAGCACUCAGCACUCAACACUCAGCACUCAGCACUCAAUACUCAGCACUCAGCACUCAGCACUCAACACUCAACACUCAGCACUCAGCACUCAACACUCAGCACUCAACACUCAACACUCAACACUCAGCACUCAACACUCAGCACUCAACACUCAACACUCAACACUCAACACUCAACACUCAACACUCAACACUCAGCACUCAACACUCAGCAAGGUAA